CACCGCACCUUUAGGGACGCGUCGGAUCAUUUGAUUGCCAGACACAUACGAACGCACACGCAUGGAGAAGCCACUAUGGGAUAUACCUGGAUUUUAUUCGCAAUUCAGAUCCUCUUCACCAUAUUAACAGGCUGGGCCAAACCUCAGGUCAGCCCAGAGUCUCCAGAGGUGGUGGUGCUGAAGGGCCGGCGGCUGCAGCUCUCGUGUCGUGAUGACCAGGGCCAGGUGACGUGGCAGCGGGAGAAAGGUCGCAGGGUCGAGAGCAGGGUCGAGAGGGACGGCGGGGCCUCGAUCGUCGUGACCUCCGCGCAGGAUCAGCACAUGGGUCGCUACACCUGCGUCAACGGAGAAACACAGGAGGAGAGCUCCAUAUAUGUUUAUGUGAAAGACCCGGCGAAUGCCUUUGUUCGCUCCAGGGUGAACGACCGCAUGGUGCGUGAGGGGGAACCCUGUCUGGUGCCCUGCCUGGUGACAGACCCGGCUGUGGUGGACCUGAGCCUGCAGACCUGCGACGGCGGGCCGCUCCCCCGGGGCCUCAUGUACAAGGCCAGCCCCCAGAGGGGCAUCCUUAUCGCCAACAUCACCAAGGAUCAGGAGGGCUGCUACGUCUGCGCAGGAAAGCUCGGAGAGACUGCCGUCAAGUCCAGCCAGUACGCCAUUGAAGUCCGGUCAGUUCCCGACCGAGCGCCAGACAUCAGUUUGUCUAGGAGAGAGAAUGCCAUUCUGACUAAAGGACAGGAGUUUGAGUUGGUAUGUGCUGCCGCCAAUGUCAACUAUGACUUCAGCGUGAAAUGGAUCACUCCCGAUGACACAACAGCACUUGAGACCAGAACAUCUCACAUCCAGCCUGGCUCCCGUGGUUACCAGCGCUCUGCAACACUGCGUAUCGCCUCGGCAGUGGUGGGAGAUUCUGGGAUGUAUCACUGCGAGGCACAGAAUGAGAAAGGAGUCACUACUGCAUCCAUCCAACUGGAUAUCUAUGAGCGAGGCUUCAUCAACCUGACGGAGCCUGCGGAGAGUGAGCUGCAGGUCCGUGAGGGGGCCAGCCUGACGCUGCGGGCCGAGCUGGAGGCCUACCCCACGCCCACCACCCUCUCCUGGGCACACCAGGGCCACGAGCUCCGCAACACUUCUGAGCACGUCAUCACCAUACACAGGCACAGAUACAGGUACAUCAGUGAGCUGAGGCUGGUGCGUGUUCACGGAUAUGAGGGAGGCAUCUACACUUUCCAGGCCAGCCACAAUGAUGACUCAGCCAAUCACUCAUUUUCUGUGCAUGUGAUCUGUAAGCCUGUGAUUGUGUCUCAUGAGGGUCCAGUGGAUGGACAGGUGCGCUGUGUAGCCUCAGGAUACCCUGCUCCCAAAAUCUUCUGGUACUACUGUGAGCCUCCACAUACCAGGUGCUCGCUGCUGAAUAAUGCCACUGAGGAGGAGGAGGUCGCCAUGGUAACCGUGUCAGGCACGGGUUUUGGGCGAAGCGUGGUGGAGAGUCGGCUGAACGUUAGCCGAGGGAGCUACCGCACACUGGAGUGUGUGGCCAUGACGGAGGGAGACCAGGCGUACACACUGUUCUCCAUCAGCGAGAACUCGGUGCCACACAAACUCUUUACCCCACUGCUGACUGCUGUAGUAUGUGCAGCCACUGGGCUCAGUUUUAUACUGGUGGUGCUUCUUUACAAAUAUAUGCAGAAGCCCAAGUAUCAAAUUCACUGGAAGGUGAUAGAGAGCAUUCACGGUAACAACUACAUCUACAUAGACCCCACUCAACUGCCUUACGACCAGAAAUGGGAGUUCCCUCGAGAGAGACUGCGGUUUGGUAAAGUUUUAGGAUCUGGUGCCUUUGGUAAGGUGGUACAGGCCACAGCAUAUGGACUCUGCUCUCCAGAUUCUGUCACCACUGUUGCAGUGAAAAUGCUUAAACCAAGUGCCCAUUCCACCGAGAGGGAUGCACUCAUGUCCGAACUCAAAGUCCUCAGUUACGUUGGCAACCAUGUGAACAUCGUUAACCUGCUCGGAGCAUGCACUCAGGGAGGUCCAACGUUGGUGAUCACUGAGUACUGUUGUUAUGGGGACCUACUCAGCUUCCUACGGCGAAAGAAGGAGGAGUUCUUCAGUUUGAAAACGGGGGAUGGCUACUACAAGAACCUCCUGAGCCAACCCCAGCCCAUGCCCAUGAGGGAUGGCAAUGGUAAUGGAUACAUGCCCAUGAGGUCUUAUCAGAGGAAGCCUAACCUCUCUGAGUGCUGUGGAGAUAAGGAUGACCUGUCUUUGGACACAGAGGAUCUCCUCAGUUUCUCCUACCAAGUAGCCAAAGGCAUGGACUUCCUCACGUCCAAAAACUGCAUCCACAGAGACCUGGCAGCCAGGAACAUCCUCCUCACCAAAGGACGAGUGGCCAAAAUCUGUGACUUCGGUCUGGCCCGGGACAUUGCUAGUGACUCCAACUACGUGCUCAGGGGCAACGCCAGGCUCCCUGUGAAGUGGAUGUCUCCAGAAAGUCUUUUUGAGGGAAUCUACACAUUUGAGAGUGAUGUCUGGUCAUAUGGAAUUCUGCUUUGGGAAAUUUUCUCGCUUGGUAACAGUCCUUACCCUGGCAUCCAUGUUGGCGCCGACUUCUAUAGGAUGAUCCAGGAUGGAUUCCGGAUGAGCGAGCCAGAGUUUGCACCCAGUGAAAUCUAUGAGGUGAUGAGGUGUUGCUGGAGCACAGACCCCCUGAAGAGGCCUUCCUUCAAGAAGCUGAUGGAGAGGACCGAGGUCCUGCUGUCGGAGCACACCAAACGAGAGUACCUGAACCUACUCGGCAGCACCAUCAGUAAUGGAGCUGUUGCACCUCCGGAGAGCCAGAGGGCGCCGUCUCAGAGGCUCAGCUCAGUGAGCAGCACCACAGCACCGACUCAGCCUCUCCUCUCUAGCUCUGACGUCUUCCUUGAGUACGACUCUGUCUGAGUGCUCGGCUAGUCCAGACGGUCUGCUGACCGUCAUCACCAGACCCCCAUUCAGCAAUGCCCAAAAUAAGAGCUAGUCAUAUUGCUGUGAAUGACUGCAUGGCCCACCUGGCUUUGGACCUUUAUGGAGGAGUCUGCAAUUACUGGCAUUCUGUGGUAGUUAUAAUCAUUUGCAUAUGAUCUGUAGUCUCUGUGCAGAUAAUGGGAUCUGAGGCUUUUCCACACAAUGAAAAACAUGCAAAUGAAUCACCCAUCUGGUCUUUCAGCUGCGUUAUCAACUUCAUGAGUUUUGUCUUGUGAAAAUAUUUCAACCUGCUCCCAUUCUUGUUUAACCUCUAUACUUAUGCAGCUUUUAGAACUUAAAACCAACCUUCAAUUGGCCUUUUAACAUCUUAAUGUUGUAUGUCCUAUAUUGCUUGAUAGAGUCUCCCUGACCACCCAUAUCUGACGUUUAUCACCAUCCUCUGGAUGAGGGCUAAGAAAAAUGUCUUUUAAGUUUCCUCUAAGUGUGGCUGGACUCCAUUUCAUUGUAUUGAUUGCUGUGGUAUUUCGGGGGAAGCCGAGUCAGCACAGGGUGAAAUAACACUUUGUCCAUUAUGUGAUGCAGAAGCAGAAAACAACACUUGGGUCACGGUGGGUCAGGCGGUGCGGAGAGGGGGAACGCAGCCUUUGACUGUUGUUAUUUAUGGCCAUUGAAAAAUGUGAUCUCAUUUUUUCCAUUUGCCCUUGUACAUAGAUCAAUUCUGUGUAGCUUGAGACUUGUUUUUUGUACAGUACACAAGAUGAUAUAAGUUCACAGAUGGGCUAAAGGGUGUGUACAUAUUUGCAGUGAAGUUUUACGUGUGUGUAUGAGAGAGUGAAUUUAAGAGAACUCAUGCAAAUUGAUGUGCCGUUAGGCAUGUUAAGACUCGUGUGUCUCAAAUGGAGUUUGUUUUGAAGUUCGGAAGUUUUGAUACAAGAAUGAGAUUGAUUAAAUAAUGUAAUGUGACUGGUUA